CAUGUUCUCACAGUUUUUUAAGUGCCAUGUUAGAAGAUCCAUGUUUGGUAAGGUUUUACUGUGUAACCAAUCACAAGCUUUAAACUGUCCGUUCAGAAGUGUCUAUAUAACCCGCCGUCAGAUGAUGAAUGUUUGAGACUUCUCAUCAUAAAACAGAACUCUCCCAGUACUAGAAAAACUGCAUGACUUCUUAAAUAUCAACUGACUGAAUCUUCACAUCCACAAGACAAAGCAGACUGGAUUUCUAGUGCAGGCUGCAGAAGGUGAUACCUGCUCUGUACAAUCAGCACUGAUUUAGAGAGUCUUGUCCUAAUCCUCCUUCCGUGCGGCACAAACAACAAUUCAGGAGAGAAAAAUGGAAAACAGUGAAGAGGGAGAAAAUGCAAAUAGCACAUUUGGAUAUUAUGACUAUUAUGACUAUUAUUACUCUCCUCCUCUGCUAUGUCAAAACGAAGCUUUGAUCAAAGCUGUUUCCACUGAUUUUCCCAUAGUCCUCACCAUUGUGGUCCUCCUUAGUCUAAUUGGUAACGUCCUGGUUCUGGUGAUGUUUGGACUCUUUGAAAAUCUCAAAUCACUGACCAACAUCUUCAUCCUCAACUUGGCUCUCUCUGACCUGAUCUUCACACUUGGGCUUCCAUUUUGGGCUUGCUAUCUCAUGUGGAGCUGGACGUUUGGCGACUUUAUGUGUAAAAGUGUGAACUUUAUCUUCUCUGCUGGAUUUCAUAGCAGCAUUGUGUUCCUGAUGCUGAUGUCAAUUGAGCGCUAUGUAGCAGUGGCCCAUCCUCGGUCAGACUGGAAUAGAUGGCAGGGAUUUGUCUUUCCUGUCAUUACUUGGGUGUUUAGCUUUGCAGCAGCUUCACCAGAAUUACUGUACAGUGAAGUCACGCCUGACCCAAAAGACUCUAAAAAACGUUACUGUACGUAUUACAGCACUGAAGCUAUCAUUGGUGUUACAUAUCAACAGAACAUUUUGUUUGUUGUUGCCUUUUCAGUCGUGGGUUUUUGCUACAUAAGAAUUAUUCUGACCAUCCCAAAGUCCCAGAGGAACAACAGAAACAGGACUAGAAGAUUGAUCUUCUCUAUUGUGGUGUUGUUCUUUAUCUGCUGGGCUCCUUAUAACAUUGUGAUGUUUCUGAACACGUUGCAUUUUCAUCAGAUUGACAUUUUUACAUCGUGUGAUGCGUUCAUUCAUCUUGAUUCUGCGCUUUAUGUCUGCAAAGUGCUCGCUUGUUCCCACUGCUGCUUGAAUCCAGUUCUUUAUGUUUUUGUUGAUGUAAAAUUCCGUAAUAAUUUGAGGAUGCUUCUACAGAAAAUGUUUCGAUGUUGAAUUGACGUGAACUUCCAUUAAAUGAGAUUGGUAGAAAUUCAUGUUCAGUUUUAUGAGUGCGAGAAGUUGACUUAAUUCACUCCUAUUCAAUAAAUGAAUAAAUAAAUCCAUACAGAGAUAAUAAAAAAUGGUAUGUUGGAGCUAAAAUAUACACAGCAACUAAACAAUCUUUGUGAACAGUUGGGCAG